UUUCACUUCCCAUCCGUGCCGUUAGUUGCCUUCAGGCAGGAUCCCCCAAAACACGUCCUGCUCGGGCCUCAUCGGAGCUCCCGCCGUCUCCCAUGCUCAGGGCUGCGGCCCCAAAUUGCUGGAGACGAAGUUGCAUCAAACACAGAUAUGAGCGACCGACUGUCCUGGCUGAACGAGGUGGAUCUGGAGCCUGGGGACUUGAUUGAGAUCUUCCGGCCAGUCUACCAGCACUGGGCGGUCUAUGUGGGCUUGGGCUACGUGGUCCAUCUGGCUCCACCAAGUGAAGUUGCUGGAGCAGGAGCAGCCAGCUCCAUGUCCGUUUUUUCUGACCGAGCAGUGGUGAAGAAGGAACUGCUGUCAGAUGUGGUCGGGACAGAUAACUUCAAAAUCAGCAACAAGCAUGACGCCAAGUACCCUGUCCGGCCCACGAACCAGAUUAUUUCUCUGGCACAGGAGAUGGUGGGCAAAGUUGUGAGAUACAAAAUCACCAGCAAGAAUUGUGAGCAUUUUUCCAACAACCUGCGCUAUGACGUGGCCAGAAGUGAUCAAGUCCGAAACUUGGCCUGGAUGGUAGGAAUUGUAGGAAGUAUGGCCCUGUUUGGCCUUUCUACCAUCUGAAGAUUUAGCAAGGAAAGCUUUAGCCUGUCUGAAAAGUCACAUUCUCAAAUAUUUUAUUGUCUGCUGUCUGUCUCUUUUCCUCUCUCUCUGCCUUCUUUUCUUUUGCAUUAAUCCACAUGAGAAAUGAGUUUCUUAAAAGAAAACACAGAUGCUUGGUGCUCUCCUCCCCAACUCCCAGUUUCAGUCACAGCUUCCAAAUAAAAGUUCACAGUCCGAUGAGGAUAACAUCUGAUCUGAUUUCCCCCAUGCUUGCUUGGACCAUGUUUUGACUUGGCCUACAUUGGGGCUUGGAGAGUCCAUCUUCUCCAUCUCAGAUGGUCCAUCCCCAUCUUCUCACCAAGGGGUUUGUAGAUGCUUGGCCUGGAUGGUCGGUGUGCAACCAGUAAAGGGCCUUGAGAUCUCUUGAUAUAACAUUCCAUAUUGGAAUUGAGUAGUUUCCAAUUUGAUGUUGAUCUGAUGUUCCCAGGGAGGUCUCAUCUCCACAUCCAAACCACAUCACCCGGGUGAGGGACACCCCUCUCCAUUGGAUGCAGCUCUCUACAGGGGACCAGAAAUCUGGGUCUCCCCUUGUGAGACUAGGCUGAAGCUGCCAUAACCUAAAGAUGGAGCAAGCACGUAAGCAGAGAGGACAAAAAGCAGGA